UGUUCUUCAGCAAUAUCAAUAGAUAAGCAUUAUGCUUUUUUGUACUUUUAUUUUUUCAUGUAUUUUUUCUUAUAUUUAAUUCAUACUGGAAACCUUUGAUUCUUUUCUGGUCAUUGCUUAGGAGAUGUUUAUUCAUUUUGAAAGAACCUUUAGUAUUUACUCCAGAAUGGAUGUGAAUAGAUGUCUGUGUGUGAGACUAAAGUCCUCAUUAGCAAACUGAGCACAUUAUGGUUGCCUCAAAGGAAUGUUUUAAACAGCUUAGUGCUAUUGGCAUGGUUGAUACUGUCUCUCAGUGUUUAGUGUACUUGUACAGCAGUCAAAAAUGGCUGUACGUUUAUUUGAGGAUAAAGAACAUGCAGACUCAUACUGGAAGUACCGAAUUUCUCCUUCUGAAGAGCUAAUUGACAAGAUACUACAGUUCCACAGGAGUAAUAAAAAAUCAGCCAAUGACCUGGCAGUAGAUGUUGGUUGUGGGUCAGGGCAGGGAACGUUGCUCUUAGCACCACAUUUUACUUGUGUGGUAGGGACAGACAUCAGUCCUGCUCAACUGGAGAUGGGGAGGAAACAUGUUAAUAUUCCAAACGUCUCUUACAGGGAGAGUCCAGCUGAAGAACUGCCUUUUGAAGAUGGCUCUGUAGAUCUUGUGACGGCCAUGUCUGCGUUCCAUUGGUUUGACCAUUCACGGUUUCUUCAGGAGGCUCACAGAGUGCUUAAGCCUAAUGGCUGCCUCGCAGUUCUCAACUACACCAUGGACAUGGAGCUGAGCUACGGAGACUGCUCAGAGACUUUAAACCACAUCUGUAAUGAGUUUUAUGCAGCCCUGCAGCCUUUCCGGAACCCUUACCUAAGUUCCAGCUCUUUCGAACUUUACAAAAAAACAUUUGACUCUCUCCAGUAUCCAGUCAAAGAAUGGCAGGACAUUUUUUGGGUGAGGAAGCCUGUCCCUCUUUCUGGCUACAUCGGCAUGGUGGAGUCUUUUUCCACUUUCCAGGCUCUCUUAAAAAAGGAUCAGGAAGAGGCCAGACGACUCUCACAGGACAUUGAACACAGACUGCUGCAUGCAAUGGGUGUGACAUCCUCAGAGACAGAAGUUAUCAUGGGAGUUAAAUACUUCUAUUUUCUAGCCUGCAAGCCUGCAAAUGACUGAUUUCUUUCUUUAAUUAUUAAUUUUAGACCUUGUUAUUAAUUUAUAUUCCAAUAUGAUCAACUGUUACUAAUUUCCAUAACCAUCAAGUUUCAUAACCAUCAAAUAAAAAGUAAUAAAAAUAAUUUUCUUGCACAUUCAAUACAAAAUUUUAAUAAAAGGUUAAAAAGUAGACUUUACACAUUUAAUUUUAGAUGUUUUAUUAUUUAGUUAAAAAUCCAAAUCAUUAUAGAAGAUGUAAAUUCAGGUCAUUGUCUCUGUGUAUAAAAUGUAGCCUAUGUUCAAUGUUUAUUUGAAUAAAUUAGACGCAGAAAAAAAAUCGUCCUUUCAC